AAGAACCAAAAGAAUCUGGUAUUGGUUUUUGGUGUCGGCGCGUUAGACCUAAGAGCAGAGCGUGUCUGUUGAAUUUUAAACUUGUUGUAGAGAGGUUCGUUAUUUGUGUUGGACUGAAAUGGUGUGAGAUCGAUGGUGUGGUUUACUGAGGAUAUAUUAUAAUUUAAAAAUUAAUAUUGAGAAAUCUACAAAAAUUGAAUUAUGAAUCUUAUAUCUGUGAUAUUCACCAUAUUUGUUCAAUUCUGUGUAUGCGAAAUCCAUAGAGGAGGUAUACUUUAUCCAAAAAACACCGAAACUAGACAAGUCGUUCCUUUAGAUGGUUUAUGGUAUUUCAUAGCACCCAAUACUACAAAUCCGUUUAUAGGAUUUGAAAACCAUUGGUACAAAAGAAGUCUUAAAGAGGUUGAUUAUUUUGAACUACAUUUAAUGCCAGUACCUGCUAGCUAUAAUGAUAUAACGACUGAUAAAAAAAUUAGAGAUCACGUAGGGUUAGUAUGGUACGAUAGAUCCUUUUUUGUUCCUACAAGUUGGCAAUCUGAACGAGUGUGGCUAAGAUUUGGUUCAAUAUCAUAUGCUGCGCAAGUGUGGGUAAACGGACAACUAGUGAUGAGUCAUGAAAUAGGUCAUCUUCCUUUCGUUGCUGAAAUAACUGAUGUGGUCAAAUUUGGAAAAGAAAACUUAGUUACUGUGGCAUGCGAUAACACUUUGUUAUCUGAUACUGUACCUCAAGGAAAAGUUGAAGAACUGAUUAGUGGUCGACUAGAUCAAACAUACACCUUCGACUUUUUUAAUUACGCUGGAAUAGAUAGACCCGUUUAUUUAUAUACAACUCCCAAGAUUUACAUCGACGACAUCACUAUAGCAACUGUCGCUAUCACCGAAACGGAAGCAUUGUUGGAAUACAAUAUCAGCAUUCUAGGCAACUCCUCACAAAGUUGUCGCGUUACUGUUUUGGAUAAAAAUAAGAAACAAGUAGCAUCUAGUCAAGACCUUAACGCUAAUGGGGUGAUAAAAGUUGACAAUCCGAUAUUAUGGUGGCCAUAUUUGAUGGACAGUAACCCUGGAUAUCAGUAUACGUUUCAGAUAGAAAUAUUUGACGAAAAUUCGAAGUUAAUAGAUCAUUAUCCCAUCACAAUAGGGAUUAGAACACUAACUUGGACCAAUACAUCUUUAUUGAUUAACAACAAACCAUUAUAUCUACAUGGUUUUGGAAGACAUGAGGAUUCUGAUAUUCGUGGCAAAGGAUUAGAUCUUCCAUUAGUUAUAAGAGACCAUAAUUUAAUUAAAUGGGUUGGAGCUAAUGUAUACAGGACCUCCCAUUAUCCUUAUGCAGAAGAGAUAAUGGAUGUUGCUGAUGAACUAGGGAUCAUGAUCAUAGAUGAAUGUCCUAGUGUCAAUACCGAAAUAUUUACAGAUACAUUAUUAGCCAAACAUAAAAUUUCUUUAACAGAAUUAAUUAAAAGAGACAAAAAUCGCCCGAGUGUUAUUAUUUGGAGUGCUGCCAAUGAGCCAAGGACUGCACAACCAGCGGCAAAAAAUUAUUUCAAACAAAUAAUAGAGCAUAUCAAAACAUUGGAUAAUUCUAGGCCGACUACAAUUGUUGAAUCACAAAGUGCAGGUGUGGUUGAGUCGUCACGGUAUGUGGAUAUUAUAAGUUUCAACAGAUACAACGGUUGGUACCAUUACGAAGGUGACUUGGACGUGAUUACUUACUAUGUGAUAAAAGAAGCUCAGGCUUGGCACGAUAGAUUCCAAAAACCAGUUAUUAUGCAAGAAUACGGUGCAGAUACUCUAGAAGGCUUACAUUUUUUGCCCACUUUUAUAUGGUCAGAAGAAUAUCAGGUGAAGUUAAUGUCCGAGCAUUUUAAAGCGUUCGACUAUUUGAGAAAGCAGAGUUUUUUUAUUGGAGAAUUCCUCUGGAAUUUUGCCGACUUUAAAACUGCACAGACUUACACCAGAGUUGGUGGUAAUAAAAAAGGUAUUUUCACCAGAAAUAGACAGCCAAAGCUGAGUGCUUAUCAUUUAAGAAGAAGAUAUUGGCAAUUAGCGAGCGAAUAUAAUUCGAAUGUGACGUUACCAGAAGAUCUACAACAACCCUACGUUUUCCAAUCAUCUACUAGCCAUAUUGAACUGUGAUUGUAAAUUUAACUGUAGAGAUAUUGUAAAUUAAAGAUAUUCUAGAGUAA